GCAGAUUGUCGCCUCGGAUCAGCCCUCCGCAGGCUCCGCUGAGUCCGCCCCGUCAUGAAAAAAAAACGCUGCUGGGUAUCGACCGUGCUAUUUUUAUCCGCAGCCCAGCCCAUCCUUCCAAGUUCCGCAGCCAGCCAGCUCCACAACGUUAGCCUGUCAAAGCUUGAUGGAAACAAGACGAUCGUGGCCGCGCACGAGACGAGACGAGUCGCGUCCGAGAGCCAGAGGUGGAGAGAGAGCCAGCGCGCUCGCUUACGACAGCCGAACAGCACUGCCACCUCCACGACUGACUUUCUUCACGAUCCCCUCCUCUCGACUCUCGAGAACCCCCAGCGAGAGGGGAAUAUACAUCCACUUUCGUUUUCCUCGAGAAAAAUCCACCUCCCGCAUGCGAUUCAUCAUCACCAGAUUCAUCCGUCGUUUCCCUCCCAGGUCCCUUGCAUAAUACCUGGGCUGGCGGAGACUAAGCCGCAUGCGACUAGCGCUGAUGUGUGUGCAGCCGUCGCGAAAGAGAAGGGAGAAAGAGGAGGAAUUUGGAAGGAAAAGAUCUCGGCGGAGAGGGAAAUGAAGGAAUGCAGGGGACGGGGUUUUCACGUGCGCUGAGGAUGGAAAUAGGGAGGCCGACAGACGGGAGAGACGGGUGUAUAUGUACCCCAUACUGUCACCGGCGACCACGGAUCUCGCGGCGGCGCCGAUGCCUAUCGCCUA